CUCCGUCAGUCCCGCCCCGGCACUCCGAGCCAUCUUGUCUUAGCCAGGAGAGAAACGGGGGAAGAGGCGGCUCCGGCUCCGGGAUGGGGUGCAGAGUUUAGCUCCGGCUAUUCGGUGUGUGUUCGCGGACAUUAUGCUCUGGAGAACCGGCGGCCACACCCCGCAGAACCCGCAGAACCGCUCCGGUUAACGGUUAGCUUACCCCGGUUAUCCCGGCUAGGCUAGCCCAUUAGCUCAGAUUAGCAGCCCGGGAAGCGUCAGAGGGAGGCAGCGGAAAGUUUCCCCCACAGCCCGCUGGGCCGGCCGGUCAGUCCGGGACAGAGGUCCCGUCUUCAGCCCUGGACCCAGGAGGGCCGGUGGACAUGGAGCGCACGCCGUGUUGAUCUGCUUCCACCCGGCGAUGAGGACUCCGACUGGCUGCUAGCUGCUAGCUGCUAGCUCGGCUGCUAACGGUUGUUUUUCGUCGCUGAGCGGAACCUCGACCAGCCGCGGCCCUGGCCAUGCCCUCCAAUGCUCGGGCGGGCAAUCUGAAGGACCCGGAUGUGGCGGACCUGUUCUGCAAGGAUGACCCGGAGAAGCUGUUCGUGGACCUGCGUGAGAUCGGCCAUGGCAGCUUCGGAGCCGUCUACUUUGCCCGAGACGUCUGCAGCAAUGAGGUGGUGGCGAUCAAGAAGAUGUCCUACAGCGGCAAGCAGACCAACGAGAAGUGGCAGGACAUCAUCAAAGAGGUGAAGUUCCUGCAGAAGCUCCGUCACCCGAACACCAUCGAGUACCGAGGCUGCUACCUGAAGGAGCACACAGCAUGGCUGGUAAUGGAGUACUGCCUCGGCUCAGCCUCAGACCUCCUUGAAGUUCACAAGAAGCCGCUCCAGGAAGUGGAAAUCGCUGCGAUCACUCACGGAGCUCUGCAGGGACUCGCUUACCUUCACUCUCACAACAUGAUUCACAGGGACGUGAAAGCGGGAAACAUCCUGCUGACGGAGCCCGGUCAGGUCAAACUGGGAGACUUCGGCUCCGCCUCCAUCGUGGCUCCAGCCAACUCCUUCGUUGGGACUCCGUACUGGAUGGCUCCAGAGGUGAUCCUGGCCAUGGACGAGGGGCAGUACGACGGGAAGGUGGACGUCUGGUCUCUGGGUAUCACCUCCAUCGAGCUGGCCGAGAGGAAACCCCCGCUGUUCAACAUGAACGCAAUGAGUGCCUUAUACCACAUCGCCCAGAACGAGAGUCCCGUCCUCCAGUCCAACCACUGGUCCGAUUCCUUCCGUAACUUCGUGGACUCGUGUCUGCAGAAGAUUCCUCAGGACCGGCCGACCUCCGACGUGCUUCUGAACCAUCGCUUCCUGUGCCGCGAGCGUCCGCUGACCGUCGUCAUGGACCUGAUCGCGCGGACCAAGGACGCGGUGCGGGAGCUGGACAACCUGCAGUACCGCAAGAUGAAGAAGAUCCUGUUCCAGGAGACGCAGCAGAACGGCCCCGUGGCUGAGGGGGGGGACGAGGAGGAGGAGGCGGAGCAGUACCUGCUGCAGACCGGCACCGUGAACAGCAUGGAGAGCUCGCAGUCCGUCCCCAGCAUGUCCAUCUCGGCCAGCUCCCAGAGCAGCUCGGUCAACAGCCUGGCCGACGCCUCGGACGACAGCAGCAACGAGAUGGCCAUGAUGCAGGAGGGCGAGCACACCGUCACCUCCAACAGCUCCAUCAUCCACAGGCCCACGACUCAGGACAACAUCUACGAUGACCCCUACCAGCCGGAGAUGGACCAGCCUCAGGCCCCGUCCGCCGGACGCCGCAGAGCGUACUACCGGAACCGCGACCACUUCGCCACCAUCCGCACCGCCUCGCUGGUGACCCGGCAGAUCCAGGAGCACGAGCAGGGCUCGGCGCUGCGAGAGCAGAUGUCCGGCUACAAGCGCAUGAGGCGGCAGCACCAGAAGCAGCUGAUGGGGCUGGAGAACAAGCUGAAGGCCGAGAUGGACGAGCACCAGCUGAAGCUGGACAAGGAGCUGGAGAACCAGAGGAACAGCUUCUCCACGGAGGCCGACAAGCUGGCCAAGAAGCACCAGGCCAUCCUGGAGAAGGAGACCAAAGCCGCUCUGGCCGAGGAGAAGAAGUUCCAGCAGCACAUCCUGGGCCAGCAGAAGAAGGAGCUGACCAGCCUGCUGGACGCCCAGAAGCGGCAGUACCGCCAGAGGAAGGAGCAGCUGAAGGAGGAGCUGAACGAGAACCAGUCCACCCCAAAGCGGGAGAAGCAGGAGUGGCUGAUCCGCCAGAAGGAGUGUCUGCAGCAGGUGCAGGCGGAGGAGGAGGCGGGGCUGCUGCGCCGGCAGCGGCAGUACUACGAGCUGCAGUGUCGCCAGUACAAGAGGAAGAUGCUGCUGGCUCGCCACAACCUGGAGCAGGACCUGCUGAGGGAGGACCUGAACAAGAAGCAGACCCAGAAGGACCUGGAGUGCGCCAUGCUGCUGCGCCACCACGAGUCCACCCAGGAGCUGGAGUUCCGGCAGCUGAGCUCGGUGCAGCGGACCCGGGCCGAGCUGAUCCGCACGCAGCACCAGACCGAGCUCACCAACCAGAUGGAGUACAACAAGCGACGCGAGCAGGAGCUGCGGCAGAAGCACACCGUGGAGGUCCGGCAGCAGCCCAAGAGCCUGAAGUCCAAAGAGCUGCAGGUGAAGCGGCAGUUCCAGGAGACCUGUAAGAUCCAGACCCGGCAGUACAAGGCCCUGAGGAACCACCUGCUGGAGAGCACUCCCAAGUCCGACCACAAGACGGUCCUCAAACGCCUCAAAGAGGAGCAGACGCGCAAGCUGGCCAUCCUGGCCGAGCAGUACGACCACUCCAUCAACGACAUGCUGUCCACCCAGGCUGUGAGCAAGUUGCGGCUGGAUGAGACGCAGGAGGCGGAGUAUCAGGUGCUGAGGAUGCAGCUGCAGCAGGAGCUGGAGCUGCUCAACGCCUACCAGAGCAAGAUCAAGAUCCACACCGACAGCCAGCACGAGCGCGAGAUCAAGGACCUGGAGCAGAGGGUGUCGAUCCGCCGGGCGCUGCUGGAGCAGAGGAUCGAGGAGGAGAUGCUGUCCCUGCAGAACGAGCGCAGCGAGCGGAUCCGGACCCUCCUGGAGCGUCAGGCUCACGAGAUCGAGGCCUUCGACUCGGAGAGCAUGCGCCUGGGCUUCAGCAACAUGGCGCUGAGCGGCAUCCCGGCCGAGGCCUUCAACCAGGGCUACCCGACCCCCAGUCCGUCCUCGGGCUCCGGGGCCUGGCCGUCCCGGCCCGUCCCGCGCUCCGGCAGCCACUGGAGCCACGGCGUGCAGAACUCGGUGGCCACGCCCUCCUGGCGCGGCCAGAACCACGGCGGCAGCUUCGGCCGCGCCGAGUCGGUGUCGUCGUCGCACGGCCUGGGCCGGGACGGCGAGCCGGGCAAAGGCGGCCGCGCCCACUCGUCCUCGUCCUCCUCCUCCUCCUCCUCCGCCCACCACCACCAGCAGCACUACCUCCCCCAGCACUACCAGCACCACCAGAGCACGCCGCAGCUGUACCGCGACGCCCACGACUCGCGGGAGCGCGAGCGUUCCCGCGAGUGGGUGGGGGGCGGGGUCCAUUACUCCCACCACUCCCAGAGCCACCACCUGUCCUCCCACGCCUCCGCCCAGUCCCUGGCCCUGCUGCCCCCGCCGCCGCCGCCCCCUCCCAUCGCCCUGUCCUCGUCCUCCCCUCCCUCCUCCGCCUCCUCGUCCUCCUCGUCCUCUCAGGGCGGGUACGGCGGCGGCCUGAGCGUCCGGGGCCCCGCCCUCAUGGCCCUCAGGAACAGCCCCCAGCCGCUGAGGAGGACGGCGUCCGGGGGCCCCGGCGGCGACGGCGGCCUGAGCCGGAGCACCUCCGUCACCUCUCACAUCUCCAACGGCUCGCACCUCUCGUACUCGUGAGCCCGCCCCCGUCGCCACGGAAACGCUGAGUCAGCAGAAGCACCGAAUGGGCUUAGAGACUGGUCCCUGAACGCACCAUCACAGUAACGGGACGUAAACACACACACACACACACACACACACACACACACACACCGAGCUCUUUUCCAGCUCUUCUCUUCCUGUUCUCCGGCUGUUCUCAUGUCGUUUCUCUGUGAAAUCCCGUCUUUGCUGAUUCUGCUGUUCGGUGCUGAAACCCGCCGGUUGAAGCGAGCGUUCCUGACUCACCUGACCAGGUGUUUCCCCUCCGUCUGCGUCCGUGGAGCUUCCACUCCGGCUAGCGGUGCUUUAAAACCACUUCCUGUAAAUAAGUCCCGAGUCUUUCCUUCCUGCGUGUUUGAUACGUUCGGCCAUUUUUCUUUUCUCUGUUGUGAUGUUUCUGUUCUCUGAUUCUGAAAAAAAAACAAAAAACAAAAACAAACAAAGCGACACUGCCACGUCUGGCCGCCGCCCUCCGCCCGGCGCCACGCAGUCCCGAGCCCGGGUCGGCCGCAGUGUCUCCGACUCGCAGCUGGCAGUUUCUUCAGUUCUCACUCAGAAGUUUGUUUGUCUGAGCCGUCUUGAAGGGAUUGAGUCGACUUCAACUCCGAUGAAUUCAGAGAAUAUUCCUUCAGUGUUUCAUCAGAUUCACACUCAAAAAUGUAAAAUUUUUAAUUGUAAUUUUCCUAAAAAAAAAAAAAAAAAAAUGAAAUCCACGAAACAAAUGUCAGACUAAUGACCAGGAGGGAAAGCAUGAAGGACAAAGUGAAACUUUAAACUGAAGAGUUUUCAAACUGUGAAAUUCUCAACGUCUGUGAAAGAAGCAUCAGAUUUCUGAUUCAGGGACGAAGUGUUCGAUCGUCCCGAUCGACUCAGACAAACAGACUUCAACACUUUGAUGGAAUGUUUUGGUUUUUACCGGCUGAAGCCGCCGUCAGUCUCCUGUGCCACAACGGGGACGGACGGAGACAUUGGGGACAGAGGGAGACACCGGUGAGGGACAAAGACAUCAGGGACUGACGGUGACGGAGGGGUGUGUGUACAGACCCAGUGUGUGUGAGAACUCUCCCUGUUUCUAGAAAAGUGUAUAAAUGUAAUUUAAGUGUGUGAAGGCCUCAGGACAGCGGACGGCCGUCCCUCUGGAUCUGGACUCGGUGGACUUCCUGUGUACAUAGAAGCACUAACUCAGCCCGGUAGAGGACUCUGUCCCCAGAGUCCAGCCUGUUCGGUCUUAGAUUCAGACAGAUAGACGCUAUCUUUACGAUUAUUACUACUGCAGUUUGAAUAUUUAUGUUGUAUGCUAAUUUUUAAGGUUUUUAAAAUGUUAUUGCCAAUUUUGACCACUAGGUGGGGUUAAGCGCAAUGUUACUGUGAUAGAGCUAUAAAACAGCAGGAUGUUGGUGUCUAUGGAGGAACACAGGACUGCAUUUCCCAGCAUUCCUCUGGAGGUCUCAGGGUGGUGGCAGCGCCUUCUUGUUUUAUUUGAGCCAGUAUUAAAACGUCCACAGCUCCUCUGCUCGCUGGCGGCCAUCUUUUAUUUUGUGGGUCAGUUUUUAAUUUGCUCCGGACUCUCCACCCACCCAACACCCUCCUCCACCCAACCCCCCCAUUUAAAAUCUGACUCCAGCCAGCAAGAGGAGUCGGAGAACUGAGAAGAGAUUUCUGACCUGAAAUGUAACUUUGUGUGUCUGAGUUGGGUUUCGAACACGGUGUCGUCGGAGCCGGUCGGUGGUGUCGGACGCCGUCAGCCUGGUCUGCGCCGAGAAGAAACCAGCUGCUCCGGGUGGGGAGGGUGGAGGUGACUCCUCUCGAGAAAGUGUUUGAAGAGUGAGGUUUCAUUUUGCCAACAUCGUUCUUAGUGAUAUUGAGUUGAAAAUGUUUUAUUUUGAAAGCCAUUCCUGGAGUGGUGCUUUUUGCCAAUUAGAGCUGCAGAAUUUCCACGAGGCGUUGGUUGAUUCCGAACUGGGGGCGAUCUGUGAGCCGCUCGCAGACCGCCACACUUCGGUUCAGUCGAAAUGCCUGAAGGUACCGUCAGUUUUUGGAGAUUGCACUUUUGGCUGCUUGAUGGCAGCAGUGAGCUUCAGCCGGUUCUCCAGGAACAAUGGCUCACCGCACCAUCUGCUGGGGGAAAGUGGUAUUACAACUAGCUACAGGGUGAGCUUUGUUAAGUUGUUAAAAAAAAAAAAAGCAAGGACAUACUGUAUCUUAAAGAGCAGUUUGGAGAAUCGUCAUUUUUGGCUCUCUUUUAGAAACUGAAUUAAAAAAAAAAAA